GAGGGUGUAGGAGGAUAUGAGCACUCUCUAAUCUACUUAUGUUGGUCAGGGUCAGAUGUGUCUCUACGACACUAUAUUACACAAUGCUUGGAAGAAAGGACGUAUUUUUAUUAUGAUAUGAUCAUCUAAUUGGGGCUGUGAAUGUUUUUUUGGAUUGUGUUUAGAGUUGGUACACAAAGGUCAUUUUCUAAGAUUGCCUAGCUGAAGGACUAUGGACCGUACAAUACGUUAAAUAAAGGCUGGAUCGUAAAUCUGCAGUCAUGGCAACCACAUCGAGCACCAGGCGCUACCUGUCUGUGUCGUCUCGUGUCACCUCAGAGAUGAACACUGACACAGAGGGGGACAGCACGGAGGAUGAUGUAGAUCCGCAGCCUCCUGGCCCAGGUCGUCUGUUCAAUGUCAACAACAGCAAUAACAAUGAGGGAGAAGAGAAAACAAAGAAGAAAAAAGAGAAGAAAGAAAAAAAGGAGAAAAAAGAGAAGAAGGAGAAGAAAGAGAAGAAAAAGGAGAAAAAGGAAAAAGAGGAAAAGGAAAGAGAAAAGGAGCAAGAGAAGGAAAAGGAGAAGGAAAGAGAGAAGGAAAAGGAGAAGGAAAGAGAGAAGGAAAAGGCGAAGUAUGUGUAGCAUAUGAACACAUCAGUGCCCAAGGAGGUGUUUGUCAUUAACCCUGCAGGCAGUUUGUACUACAACUGGCUAUUUGUCAUCGCAAUGCCAGUCAUGUACAACUGGACAAUGAUUAUUGCAAGGGCCUGUUUUGAGGAACUCCAGCAUGACUACCUUCUCACCUGGAUGAUUCUGGACUACUGCUCUGAUGUCCUGUACCUGGCUGACAUGGCCUUCAGGGCCAGGACAGGUUACCUGGAACAAGGCCUUCUGGUGAAGGAUAAGAAGCUGCUGCGUCAGCGCUACUUCAGCAGCCUACAGUUCCGUGUGGAUGUUGUGUCCAUGCUCCCCACAGAUGUCUUCUACUUGUACCUGGGGCUGGACUACCCGGAGAUCCGCAUCAACAAGUUGCUGCGCAUCAACCGCAUGAUGGAAUUCUUUACCCGUACCGAGACCAAGACCAACUACCCCAACAUCUUCCGUAUCUCCAACCUGGUCAUGUACAUCAUCAUCAUCAUCCACUGGAACGCCUGCCUCUAUUAUUCCUUCUCCAAGUCCAUCGGCUUCGGAUCGGACGCCUGGGUCUACCCUGCCCUGGAUGACCCAGACGAGCCGGAGUUCGGGGAGCCCAUGAGGAAAUAUGCCUUCAGCCUCUACUGGUCCACCCUGACGCUGACCACCAUCGGGGAGACGCCGUCCCCGGCCCUGGACUCCGAGUUCCUGUUCCACGUGGUGGACUUCUUGGUUGGGGUCCUGAUCUUCGCCACCAUCGUGGGCAACAUCGGCUCCAUGAUCACCAACAUGAACGCUGCCCAGACCCAGUUCCAGUCCCGCAUCGACAACAUCAAGCAAUACAUGCAGGUGCGUAAGGUCAGUAAGGAACUGGAGGACCGUGUCAUUAAGUGGUUUGACUACCUGUGGAACAAUGGGAAGGCUCAGAACGAGAGGGAGGUGUUGAGGUACCUGCCAGACAAGCUGAGGGCAGAAAUCGCCAUCAACGUCCACCUGGAUACGCUGAAGAAGGUGCGCAUCUUUGCCGACUGCGAAGCGGGCCUGCUGAUUGAGCUGGUGUUGAAACUGCGACCCCAGGUGUUCAGCCCGGGGGACUUCAUCUGUAAGAAGGGUGACAUCGGACGCGAGAUGUACAUCAUCAAGGAGGGCAAGCUGGCGGUCGUGGCCGACGACGGCGUCACACAGUUCGUCGUCCUGGGCGACGGAAGUGUCUUUGGCGAGAUCAGCAUCCUCAACAUCAAGGGCAGCAAGGCAGGGAACCGGAGGACUGCCAACAUCCGGAGCAUUGGCUACUCUGACCUCUUCAUCCUGUCCAAAGAUGACCUGAUGGAGGCCAUGACGGAGUACCCGGAGGCAAAGGUCAUUCUGGAGGACAAGGGCAGACAGAUCCUGCUAAAGGACGGCCUCCUGGAUCUGGACCCAUCCAACAUCAUGCCCGACACUAAGGACCUGGAGGAGAAGGUCGACCGCAUGUACAGCACCAUGGAGCUGAUGCAGAUGAAGCUGAAAAAGCUGCUGGGAGACUACACCAUCACAGACCAGGCCCUCGUGGAUCGCAUCGCCAUGAUGGAGCGACUGACCGGAGAGGAGGCGGAGGAGGAGGACGAGCAAGGGGAAGGGGAGGAGACAAAAGCAGAGGCGGAGGAAGAGAAAAAAGAGGAAGGAGUUGUGGAGGAGAAAAAGGAAGGAGAGGCAGAAGAGGAGAAAAAAGAAGAGGAGAUGGAUGAGAAGGAAGAGGCAAAAAAAGAUUAAGAGGAGAAAAAAACAGAGGAGAAGUAGAAGAAAGGAAGAAUUUUUGGGGGAAGGAAGUAUCAAUCUUCUUUCUAUCCUGAAUAGAACUUUGUAAGACAAAAAUAAAUCUAUGUCAACAGGGAAUAUAGCUGACUUUCUUUGUAAGAGUGUCUUCCAUCGGACAAUGGAGUAAGACAGAGACUGAAAAACACCAGAAAGUCAGAUGAGAGUCAGAAAGAAUCCUUCCAGUAGAUAGAUAAAUGUAAACCAAUACAACAGUGGUGGGGAAUAUUGUUCAUUUAUGUAAAAUGAUUUUCUGUAUUGUAGAAGAUGUGGAGUACAACUUGGGAAAUGCCAUCAUUCGAUUAAAAACUGAAACAU